AUGGCCGUAGAAGGUCAUGGCCAGUUUCGUGGUCGUGGUCGAAGUCUGCAACUCUACAAUCUUCCGACCGAGAUCCUCGUCUCAAUCCUAUCCCGCUUCGAAACCCAAUCCCUCCUCCCUCUGAUAAUCGUGUCGCGACAAUUCCAUUCUAUAAUUCUACGCAUCAUCCACUUCCGCCUCCUCCUCGCCGCGGCGCUCCCCGACUACAAACUCAUCCUCGAGGCCUACCGGCCGAGCAAGAGAUACUCCGACCCAUACCUAUUCUGCACAUACCUGGGAACCGACGGCCUGAGUUCAAAACACGAAGGCGAAGGGUCCCUCUACGAAGACUGCGUAGGUGAAGAAGGGAGGUUCGCCAAACUAGGCGCUCUGUACAGCCGCUUCCGACCCGAACGUCCAGGCGUCCAGGGUCUGAUGCCUCUACGUCGAAUAGCGGGCACUCCAGUGAUGGUUGCAACACCACAACAAAGCCAGCAGCAACACCGAGAGUCAUCUUCAUCUUCAUCCUCUUCGUCCUCCUCCUCCUCCGCCUCCUCCUCAAGCACCGCCACCCCCUCUCCGUCACAACCCAUCUACGGCAGCGACGGCGACGACGGGUUGGAGAAAGUAGUACACAAUCUCUACCUCGACGCCGACGAGCUCUUUUGCCAGUUCUGCGCCUACGCAAGUCUAGUUCGGCUGGGUCCCCACCGCGGAGUCUUUCUAAGUAAUGUCCACAUCGUGCAGCCAGGCCAAGGGGUCAUGAGAGUGUGGAAACAGUGGCUCCAAGACCGGGCCCAGGAAUUGUGGUGUCUAGAACAAGAUCCGGCAUCUCAGUCAUCAUCGACAUCACGUUCCGCUCAAAACAACUGUCCAAACAUUGGCCUGGACAAGAACAUUUUAUGGACAGACUACAGAAAGAAUGUUGGCUUGAGAGUGGCUAUCCGAGAUCGGGAAGGGACGUGUUAUACGCAUGACCCCUCCGAAUAUGAGGAUAUGCCUAUGAGUUUCUGUAUUGAGAUUCAAGAACUCGUCGUACGAACCACUCAUUUGAUGCUCGCUGUCGAAACUUCCGCACAGGCCGGCGACAGCCACACAGGUAAAGCCUUGAUAUUCGGGCGAUUCGCUAGUCCAGUCCAGACCAGCUUCGAUAGCUGGGUAGCUGGGACAUGA